UAUUUUUCAAUUUUUAUAGGAUCGGGCUCGGCAUUUCGUCAGUCAACCGGACUCUGCUAGUUUGGAGACGUCAGUUGAUCAACAACUUGAACAAAGCUUAAAUUCUUAAAAUUGAGCGACUGUCGUUGGUGCUGUAGGUCACCAAAAAGAACGUCAAGAUGAGAUGACAAACAUUCAAAAUACCUGGCGCAGGCUUGGUUUUUUGUAUUAAUUGAGCAUUAAUAUGGAAGAGGCAGCAUCAACUAAUGGAGUGAGCGAGGACACAGAUGAUGCAUCGGAGAAGCAUGAGGAAGAGGAGCUGACAUUUCUAGAAAUUCCUUGGGAGGAUGUGAUUUUCAAGUACAUCAUGCCUUGUCUUCCUCUUCAAACCAAGUUCCAAAUGAGGAGAGUCUCCAAGCAGUGCCUGGAGAUGAUGACACUUUAUUUCAGCAUCAGUAGGACUGUGAACACAUGUCGCAUUGCAAACAAAAUGACGGCAGGGGCACUGUCCAUAAUGACAAAAAACAACACAGGUCUCCAUGAUCUAGUGCUGAGGAACUCCAAGGACUGGCUUACUGACCCUGUACUGAUUCCUGUCCUGAAACAAAAUCAAAAGCUGCAGCGACUGGACAUCUCCAACUGUUCCUUUGUAACCAACAGCUCUCUCCAGGUGUUAGGAGUUAAUUGUAAGAACGUCAGAACGGUCUGUUUGACCGACUGUCAUUGGGUCAGCGUGGAGGGACUGACAGUUCUCGCCUUUCAUUGUGUCAACAUAGAGAGCCUGGACCUAACAGGAUGCUGGGGAAUCACUGACGAGGCCAUCACACUUCUUGCCAUGCAGUGCAAGAAGUUGCAAUAUCUGUCCUUGGCCAAAAUCUAUGGACUCACCGAUUAUGCCAUGUCAAUUUUGGCCAGAGAAGCCACUUCAAUGCGACAUCUAAACAUCAGAGGGUGUUGGCGGCUUUCUGAUGACUCCAUCAGGAGUCUUGCUGAACGCAGCAGAAAUCUGAGAGCGUUAGAGGUGCGUGAAUGUAAGGACAUUACAGAAACGGCCCUGCUUGUUCUACGAAUGCAGGGUGUCAGAAUUGAUCGACCACAACCAUCUAAACUGGGAUUUGGUUGGUUAAAAAACAGGAGUAAACUGCUUAGGUGCAGAGAAUUCAAUAUGAUUGGGCUUUUCAGGAAAUAAAAUUCUAAUUUUAAAAAAGGGAAAUUUUUACCCCCAUUAAAUUUUUUGCUCUAAAGACUUAUUGACUAGUGGUUAAAUUAAAAAUAAGUCUAAUUAAAAACUCUUUAAUUUUAAAACAAGUUUGAGCAAAUUUAAACCAAAGUCACAAAGUGGAAUUUUUUACAAUUCUGAUGGGCAAAACUUGUAUGGGGCGAAAAAUAUCCUGUAUAUUGAAUUGUGAAGCUACAUGAAUUGUGAAGCUAUAAAAAAUAGAUUGUUAAUUGAUGGAUAUUUGUUUUAUUGCUUACAAUUUCAAAAUAUUUUGAACAUUUUCAUUGAUUCUUUUAUUGAGAUAUUUGACAUCAUUUAUGAUCGUGUUCUUUUUUAAGGUGCUUAGAUAUUGAGUUUCGAUGUUGAAUGAUUUCAUCAAGACUUAGUUGCUGAUGUACAUUAAGAGUUUUGGUACAUGAAAGCGUUUUAUAUGUUGUUAGUGUAAUGUUUGAAAUGCUGAAUCGAUAGAGGACUCUUUUGAGAUAAGGUUGUAAGUGAAUCCUUAGAAAAUGGAAAAAUGGAACUUUUUUGGUGAAAAAGUGGAUAAGCAAGAUAUGCAAAAUGCUGAUUUCCUACAAUAUUUACGGUAUUUACAAAGAAUUACUAGGUAGGACAACUUUUACAUGAACUUAAAAAUCAUUAUUAUUAUGCAGAUGGUUUGUUCAAUUCCUAUAAGCAUUGGUUUAUAAAGCUAGCUGCUUUAGCUUUCAGAUUUUGCAAGUAGAUCGGGUAUAAAAUUUUAUUUGGAUAUAUUGUUCAGAAUUUUUAAAUUCAAGCUCCAUCUGGAUAUUUAAGAAAAUUGAUGUCAAUAUUACAUGUAAACAGUAUCAAACUGUUGUAACUUUACUUUUAACAUAUUGGAUUUUAUUUCAAAUUUAAAGUGGAUUACAACAUACAUGUAUUGUACAUGUGCAAAUAUUAAAGAGGAAAACUACUA